AGGUCCAUAGCCUCGGUACAGUAUAGCAAUCCCAUCAUGGUCAUAACAUCGUCCAGGACCAUGAUGACGAUUGCUGAGGCUUCCACCCUCACAUCGCUUCCGGCGGCCACGUUGAAACCGAUUCCCUACUCCCAACGGCAGUUGCUGCUCCUCGACCCUCGGAGACCGUACAUGCUCCACACUAACAGAGAGAUACCCGAGCUCAAAUUCGGAGAUUUGUUAGUUGAGGUGUAUGGUAUUGGCUUGAACCAAAUCGACUGGGAACCUACAGACACCGGACAUACUCUUCCCCCACCACCGUGUCUCAAUGGACGCGAAUUUAUCGGCAAGAUUAUCGCCUCAAACGUGGACCGGAAAUGCAGACUCCGGGCUGGGGAAUGGGUUCUCGCUGUAUCUACAGACCACCGCGACCUGAGAAAAGCUGCGUUCCAGGAAUAUGCCAUUGUCUCCUGCUACAACGCAAUCCGGAUCCCCAAGCAUGUCGAACCAUUUCAAGUCGCUUCAAUGGGAGUAGCCUAUGUCACAGCAGGCCUCGCUCUCGGGGUCUGCUUAGGUCUUACGUUCACCAAGGGGCCCAAGCAGAAAGAGUUCAAUUUGCUGGAGAAUGCAAGGAUGUACCCGGAGAAUGUUCCCGAUGAUAUCGCCGACGAGGUGUUUGAUGCUAUGGCACCUUGUUAUCAAGCGCAGCCCGGUGAAUGGCUCUUGGUAUCCGGGGCAUCGACGAUUACCGGGCAAAUUCUUAUUCAACUGGCGAAGCUGGGAGGACUAAAAGUGGUGGGCGCUGCCGACCUUAGCAGCCAUGGAGAGCUUUUACAGUCAUUGGGAACCGACGUCUUGAUUGAUCUCAGUAACCUCGAUCAAGCAAAGCGUGACAUCAAACGGCUUACUCCAGGAUCACUCAGACUCGCCAUUGAUGCCGUUGGACCAGAAUCCGCAGAGUGGUGUCAGCAAACACCAACAAAACCAUUGCCGGUCGAUGCGGCUGCUCGCGGGGGAGGCAGCAAGCUGAGCCACCUUGUUGCCAUGUCGGGCAAGCCCGGAACUUACAAUCCCAACAUUCAGGUGCAUACGGUACCCAUCAAACUGUUUCAUACAAGCCCAUACGUUGGAGGUCAUUUGAGCAAGUGGCUAUAUGAGCUGCUCGAUACAAAUAAGAUACAACCCCCUGAAGUCGACUUUGUACCGGGAGGGCUUGCUGCGAUAAAUGGAGCCUUGGAAACAUUGAGACAGGGCAAGAUGUCGGGAAAGAGGCUUGUGAUUCGAGUCAAGGAGCCAGAUGUGAAGAUUGGAUCUCUAUCGCCAACCUGA